AUGUGCUCGAAUGUAGAAGAGUGGAUUCCAGCUGGCAGCCUGAGAGGAUAUGCCUGUGAUCUCACACUGGAUCCAAACACAGCGAACAGAAACCUCCGUCUGUCUGAGGACAACAGGAAGGUGACGUGGGAGAUCGAGGAGCAGCCGUAUCCUGAUCACCCAGACAGAUUUGACCUGAAGCCUCAGGUUCUGUGUAGAGAAGGUCUGACUGGGCGAUGUUACUGGGAGGUCCAGUGGAGUGGAGUGGUUUCUAUAGAAGUGACUUACAGAGGAAUCACAAGAAGUGGUGAUGACUCUGAGCUUGGAGACAAUAAACAGCCCUGGAGUCUGUUGUGCUUUGAUUAUGGUAACAGCUACUCUGUCAGUCACAACAGUGAGGACACCGACAUCUCUGUCCGUCCCCGUGGAUCUGACAGAGUAGCAGUGUAUCUGGACUGCUCUGCUGGGACUCUGUCCUUCUACAGAGUCUCUUCUGACAGACUGACACUCCUGCACACCUUCAGCUCCACCUUCACUGAGCCGCUCCUCCCUGGGUUUGCUUUGUGGUCACCUGAUUCUUCUGUUGAGGUUGAGCUGCCAGUUUCUCAGAAACAAACACUGACCUGA